AUGGCGAGUCUCCUGCGCUUAAAACUCCUCACAGUAGUACUUUUCCUUUCUCUCCAUCUUCUUGUUCACGCCACAUCGUCUUUAGCGACGACCAGUGGCAAUACUGUGCCGCCCUCGUCAAUAAUUAGCGACGAUAAUGUUCCGGUGGCUAAUCGUUCGAGUUUCCCGGCGGGAUUCCUCUUUGGUUCGGCGUCGUCGUCUUACCAGGUGGAGGGCGCGGUAUCUGAAGACGGAAAAGGACCUAGCAAUUGGGAUGUUUACACUAACAAGUAUCGAGGGGAACAAGACGAUUCGUCGUCAACGCAUAUUCGUCUUCGUGGUGCAGGCAUGCAUCGACCAUCUCGCUUUCUCGUGAGCUCUGAUGAUCACCAUUCUGAUUCGAAGCCCAAAGAUGGAACGGUGGAAGGAGGUGUGAAUCAAGAAGGGAUAGAGUACUACAACAAUCUCAUCAACGAACUUCUUGCCAAUGGCAUCAAACCUUUUGUAACCAUUUUUCAUUUCGACCUCCCUGAAGCCCUGGAAAGAGAAUAUGCCGGCUUCCUUAGCCCUAAAGUUGUGAAAGACUUCGUUGCAUACGCGGAUAUUUGCUUCAAGCACUUCGGAGAUCGAGUUCAACACUGGGUCACAAUCAACGAGCCUCUGUCGUACAGUUUAUUUGGCUACGCCCAGGGGACGAUGGCUCCCGGUCGAUGCUCGAAAUGGAUGAACCUAAAUUGCCCCGGGGGAGACGCAGCCACCGAGCCAUACAUAGUCGGACACCACCUCCUCCUUUCUCAUGCCAACGCCGUGAAAUUGUACAGAGAGAAAUAUCAAGCGACACAAAAGGGCGAGAUCGGCACCGCCCAGGUGGUGCAAUGGGGCCUCCCUCUCUCCGAUUCGAAGCAGGAUCGCGAAGCAACGCAACGAAGAAUCGAUUUCACGCUAGGAUGGUUUCAGGAUCCACUGGCCACUGGAGACUAUCCACCGUCGAUGAGAGAUCUCGUGGGGGAAAGAUUGCCCGAAUUCUCGAAGGAGGAAUCCGAGAUGUUGAGAGGCUCCUUCGACUUCGUGGGGUUGAACUACUACACGUCUUACUACAUUUCCGACGCUCCUCCUUCAAAAUCUAUGCCCAAGAGCGCAACGACGGAUUCUCAAACCAGUUUUUCACCCGAGAAGAAUGGUGUCGACAUCGGACCAAAGGCAGGGAUAUCUUGGCAGUACAUUUAUCCCAAAGGGAUUCGAGAUGCGGUUCUCUACACAACAAAGAAGUAUAGUAACACGCCCGUUUACAUAACUGAAAAUGGCAUGGGUGAGCUCAAUAACGAAACAUUAAGCAUCAAGGAUGCUCUUAAUGAUACUCUACGAGUAGAUUUUUACCGUCAACAUAUCGCAUACCUCAGCAGUGCAAUCAAGGGAGGUGCAAAUGUGAAAGGGUAUUUUGCUUGGUCACUGAUGGACAACUUUGAAUGCUCCAGUUUGACGCCGUCGACGUUUAGCGACAAGCACAAUAGCGAUGUACUCGAACAUGUUCCGGCUGUCGCUAACCGUACGAGCUUCCCGGCGAGCUUCCUCUUCGGGACGGCGUCGUCGGCUUACCAGUAUGAAGGCGCUGCAGCUGAAGGUGGUAAAGGGCCAAGCAUGUGGGAUGCUUACACUUCCAAAUACCCAGGCAUCAAACCUUUUGUUACCCUCUUUCACUGGGACACUCCCCAAGCCCUUGAAAACGAAUAUGAGGGCUUCCUUAGCUAUAAAGUUGUAAAAGAUUUUGUUGCGUACGCCGAUGUUUGUUUCGAGCACUUUGGCGAUCGAGUUCAGCAUUGGGUUACAUUCAACGAGCCCAUAUCUUACAGUUCGUAUGCCUAUGGCAUGGGGAUGAUGGCGCCUGGCCGAUGUUCACCAUGGAUGAACUUGAACUGCACAGGUGGAGACUCGGCCACUGAGCCAUACAUUGUUGCACACAACCUCCUCCUCGCUCAUGCUGCGACCGUAAAAUUGUACAGAGAGAAAUAUCAAGCAACACAAAAGGGUGAGAUGGGCAUUGCCCAUGUGUCGCAAUGGGGUAUUCCUCUCUCUGAUUCUAAGCAAGAUCACAAAGCUACACGACGAGGAAUGGAUUUCAUGCUAGGAUGGUUUAUGGACCCAUUGGCCACAGGAAACUAUCCACGAUCGAUGAGAGCUAUCGUGGGGAAGCGAUUGCCCAAAUUCUCAAAGGAGGAAUCCAAGAUGUUGAAAGGCUCCUUUGAUUUUGUGGGGUUGAACUACUACACAACUUUCUAUGUUUCCAAUGCACCACCUUCUAACCCUCUGUUCUCAAGCUCAACGACUGAUUCUCGAACCAAUGCUUCACGCAUGGGCGAGGUCAAUAACGAAACAAUGAGCCUCACGGAAGCUCUUAAUGAUACCUUAAGAGUAGAUUUCUAUCGUCAGCAUCUCGCUUAUCUCAACAGUGCAAUCAAGGAUGGUGCAAGGGUGAAAGGGUUCUUUGCUUGGUCAUUGUUGGACAACUUUGAAUGGACGAAGGGCUACACGAUUCGAUUCGGCAUUAAUUAUGUGGACUACAAAAAUGGGCUCAAACGAUAUCCUAAGCAAUCUGCCCUUUGGUUCCGAAGAUUCCUGAAGAAUUGA